AGCAACCAUACUUUCAAUUUCAUGAUCAGCAAUAAUCUUUUAUGAUCCUUCUCAAAUGUUAACCAAACUCCUGCAAAUCUAUACUUUAAAUUUCAUACCUUUUGUGGCUCUCUUUUGUAAUGCUUGCCACUUUUCCGUUGUUAUUGCCACAGAUUCGUCAUCAUCAUCUUCCUUGGAUGAAAAGUGCCUGUGCUCGCCGUUAUGUCCUUCUGUGCUGGAUUUGUGUUUGGAACCGUAUUUGCAGCUAUCAUUGGAUUAGGCAGGAUUAUAUUUAGAAAGGCUUUGGUCAAGAAAAUAAAACGAGGAGAAGGAACGCAGGCGAAGAAGAAGCAUGGAGAUUUCACUUCAAUGUGGAAUUUUGAUGGUCAUAUUGCCUUUGAAGAUAUCAUUAAAGCAACAGACGAUUUUGAUAUCAAAUACUUUAUAGGAAAAGGUGCUUCUGGGGAGGUUUACAAGGCAAAACUUCCCAGCGGAAAAAUUGUUGCAGUGAAGAAACUUCGACGCAUGAUAUCUGAAAAUCAAUCAUCAUUUCAAAAGAGUUUUUACAACGAGAUCGAGGUUUUAUCGGAGAUUCGUCAUCGAAACAUUGUCAAACUUCAUGGGUUCUGUUCCGAUAUAAAGUGCUUGUUUCUGGUUUAUGCAUUUAUGGAAAGUGGUAGCCUGUUACAUGCGUUGAAGAAUGAUGAAAAGGCUCAAAAGUUAAGUUGGAGCAAGAGAUUCAAUAUUGUUAAUGGGAUAGCUCACGCUGUGAAAUACAUGCAUCACGAUUGUCUUCCACCAAUUGUUCAUCGAGACAUAACAAGUAGCAAUGUCUUGUUGAACUCAGAUAUGGAAGCAUUUCUAUCAGACUUUGGCAUCGCUAGGCUGCUCGAUCCACAUUCAUCAAACCAUUGUGUAUUAGCUGGUACUUGUGGUUACGUUGCUCCAGAGUUAGCAUACACGUUAAAAGUGACCGAAAAGUGCGAUGUCUAUGGCUUUGGAGUAGUUGCAUUAGAAACUAUGACAGGAAAGUAUUGUGGAGAGUUAAUUUCAUGUCUGGCAAAGGAUUCUACUGAUGAAAAGAUAAUGCUAAAAGAUAUCUUAGAUACACGAAUCCCUCAGCCUCGUACUCGAAAAGAUAUUUGGGAUGUAAUUCUUGUGAUGACCAUUAUAUUAGCAUGUCUAUGUCCUGACCCAGAUUGUCGGCCAUCAAUGGAGCAAGUGACUCAGAAACUUUCACUUUCUAGGCCACUUUUCACACCUCCCUUCAAUGAUAUUUCAAUUCAUCACUUAAGGAGUCAAGCCAUAAUUUCAUGUAAUAGCUGAAGAUGCUAACUAUUUGCUAUAUGGUGAGAGAUGAAAAAUAAUCUCUCUCCUUUUCCACUGCAAUGAAUAUUACAUGCUUCCUUUGCAAUUUAUUUCCGUCCGCUGUAUAUAUACUGCCUUUGAUAUUGUUAUAAGGCACCUUCAAUUACCUCAC